AUGGGAUUCGGGGUUACCCCGCAGAAGUCUACCACGGAGACCAUGUAACUAAAAACCAAAUGGGAAACAUAUUCAGAUGUAACAGAAUUUGUCUCUCUUGUUUCAAUCGUUUAUUUCGUUUGUGAGAUUUCUUUUUCUGCACAAAACCUAUAAUGACUGAUAGAAAACUGACGAGAACAAUGACGUAUGGAAGGAAAGUGAUCAAUAAGUUCAUAGGUAUAAUAAAGUGAUGGGAAUGAAAUACAGCAUAUUAAGCAGAGAUAAUGCAGGUAAAACGCAAUCGAUCGCGAUUGUCUGAACAUGAACGGUUUCUGUACGAGAAAAAAGCGUUCGACACUCAAUUGAGCGGUCAGAAAGUGAAUCAUUUGAGUUGGAAUAUAAUCCCAAUAGACUGUGAUGUUACAGAGGAACGUGGAUUGAUAUGGUUUGCAGCCAUUAUUGAAGUAAUAAUACAAGCGUAGAGGUCCCUGAAUAACCGCCAGCAGAGCUCUGACGAUGCAACUCAAAAUAAGUGAGUAAUUGUUAAUAGUGAAUAUUAUUCUAUUGUAGAGAAGAGUGAUAACAAUAGCAUAUUUAAUAUUAUUCCCGAUAAAAUGGUAAAAGAGCCGAUAAUGAACAGAGCAUUGUACAUCGGGAAUAAUUCAUAGUUCAAGUCGUCCACAUCAUGACACAUUGAUCCAUUCAUUGUUCAGACUUACAAAUUAAUUAUGAUAGAAUAAAAUAACGACAGCAUUAUUGAAAGAGUAGUGCCAUGAAUCUUGUUGCAGAUGGAGAAAAAAGAGAUGUGACUGAAAUUGAGGAUGACACAAAGAAAAGAUGAACUAGUUCAGAAAUGAAGUUUGAAAGAGAUUCGCCAAUCAAAUAGUAUUUCUUCCACUCUUUUCUGCUUUUCAGUGUGAAUUUCAGCUACAUCUCUUGUUUUUCCUGCUGCUAUUCUCUAUUUGGAUUUAUGGCAUCGAUGUCUCACUGAUUAUAACUCUAAAAACUAAAAAACAUGCAACAAACAAAGAACUAAACAGCGUGCAAGCUCGAUUGAAGCCAGUAGUGUUAGAAAUAUACUUUAUCAUAAUU